AUGUAUGAUGAUCCAUCUCAAAUUGUCCCUACGACUACCACGACUACUUUCUCAAUGAAUUGUGAAAUCGCAAAAGGUCAACAGUUCAUGGACGCUAGAUUGAUUGAAACUGCUACAGAUCCACUGAAUCCGACUAUCAAAGAACGUGGGAUCUAUUAA